AUGGCUUCUUCUGAUAUCCAGGUGAAAGAACUGGAGAAGCGUGCUUCAGGCCAGGCUUUUGAGCUGAUUCUCAGCCCUCGAUCAAAAGAACCCGUCCCAGAAUUCCCCCUUUCCCCUCCAAAGAAGAAGGAUCUUUCCCUGGAGGAAAUUCAGAAGAAAUUAGAAGCGGCAGAAGAAAGACGCAAGUCCCAUGAAGCUGAGGUCUUGAAGCAGCUUGCUGAGAAACGAGAGCACGAGAAAGAAGUGCUUCAGAAAGCCAUCGAGGAGAACAACAACUUCAGUAAAAUGGCAGAGGAGAAGCUGACCCACAAAAUGGAAGCCAACAAGGAGAACCGAGAGGCACAGAUGGCUGCCAAACUGGAGCGUUUGCGAGAGAAGGGAGAGAUGAAGGCUAUUCUUGAACCCAGAGGGUCUUUAGUUCAAGAUAAUUGUCACGCCCAAGUGUGGGUACAUCUUGGGGAGGCCUAUUCUGAACCCCUUCCCCCUUUUGUUCCUGCCUUUUGCCUCACCCUGAGCUUCCAGUUUGCUUGGAUUACCUGGUCUGACCUUCACCAGGUAG